AUAACACCUUCGUUUCCCGCGUAAAAUAUUAUUUGGACUACAAUACGGUGGCUAAGUUCGUGGUCCAUUAUUGGGUUUAUACUCUGUUUAUAGUGUGCUGUUUAAUUAAUUUGUUACAAGAUUGUGUGAUUCGUGACGGCAUCGGCAGUUUCUUCAACCGUGGUAUUAUGUGUAUAAGGUUUGCCCUUAUUCGUUACUCCAAUGGGGUAUUCGAUGUAUGCGACGAAAAAAUUAUUAAGAAAAACCAGAGAAGAAUAGAGAAAGGAUCAAGUAAAGCAUUUUACAAUGUUAAGGUUAUAUGUAUUGAUGGAAACUUUGAAGCCUUAGAAGACUUGAAACAACAACUAAAUAAAGAAAAAAAACUACUAAUUGUAUUCGAACGUCUAGCAACAAAAAAUUAUGGAACAAACUCACGCUAUUCGUGCAAGCAGAAGUUUUGCAUUUUUUGCAAAACUCUCAAAACUAAUUUAGCACGUCAUUUUGAAAUUUGUCACUCAGAAGAGGCAGAAGUAAGAAAAUUCUUAAGUUUCAAUAAAGGUAGUCCUGAACGUUGUGAAAUUAUAGCAAAUCUACGAAAAAGUGGCAAUUAUAAUUACAACAAGAGCAAUAAAGAGAAUCCCAUUCUUAUCAGACGAGUGCAAAAAGGUUCACGAGACUCUUUACCAUGCCCUAAUUGCAAAGGAUUUUAUUCACAGAUAACACUAUCUCGUCAUUAUGCCUACUGCUGCAAAGAUCUGAAAGAUGAAAAUGCUAGUAGAUCUGUUUUAAGAGCUGCUCGUGCCGUGGUUAGUAAAAUUCAUCCGGCGGCAUAUUUGCAACUAAAAGAGAAAAUUUUGCCGCCAAUGAAACAGAAUAUAAUAUUGGAUACUGUCAAAAAAGAUAUGCUGUUAAUUUUGAUUGGCAAAUAUUUAGUCCCCAAAUAUAGAGAACACCAGGAGUAUAUGAUACGGAACAAAUUGAGGUUUCUAGCGACAUAUUUUUUAACUGUGAAAAAAAUUGAUAAUAACAUUGACGAAUUUCAUAAGUUGUUCUACCCUCAACAUUUUGAUUUGGCACUUGAAGCAGUAAAACAGAUGGGAGAAAUUGAUAAUAAUUCAUCAGUGUACAGUAAAUCAACAUCCGCAUUGACCAUAACACAUUAUCUAAAAAUUUGUUGUAAUAUUUUGCAAAGUCAUUAUAUUCGAGGAGGAGACGAUGGAAACGAACAAGCUGUUAAAAGAUUUUUUAAACUCCUGAAAACAGAAGUUCCUGGUAAAAUAAAUAAACCAGCCCAUAGAGAUCUGUGUGAAAUGAAAAGAAAAAAAAUGAUGACGAAAAGAAGUAUCAUUCCAACGACAAAAAAUGUUGAAAAUUUUAAAAUUUACAUUUUAAAAAAUGCAGCAAAAACUUACAAGACUCAUGACUGAAGAAUUUUAUUUUACACACUGGAAGACUUUAGCGGAACUCACACUGAUGUAUAUCAGUGUUUAUAAUAGAAAACGAGCUAGUGAAGCCCAAAGAAUACUUGUGGAGGAUUUUCGAAAUAUACAGACUUUGCGUGAUACAGUACUCCCAGAACUGCUCAACAAUUUAGGUGACAAUAGAAUAAAGAAGUUGAUUGCACAUACAAAUUAAUGAUCAGAGGAAAACUUCACAGAACGGUGGCAGUUAUAAUUCCCCAUUAUAUAAAGAAAUAUUUAACAUUUAUUAAUGACUAUAGAAGUCAGGCUGGAGUAUCGGACGAUAACCCUUAUAUCUUUGGCUUGCCGGGGAAAAUGGUAGGACAGCGAUACAGAACUUUAGAAACGUGUCGAAUAAUUAGAAAGUAUACAGCUAUGGCAAAAUUACAAAAUCCAUGUUCUAUAAGAACAACCCUUCUACGAAAACAGUUUGCAACAAAGACCUCAACAAUGAACCUUCAGGAUUAUCAAAAAGAAACCGUCGUUAAUUUUAUGGGUCAUCAACGAAAUAUACACGACGAGUAUUACAGGCAGCAGAUAGUUGUAGGUGAUUUAAUGAUAAAGAAAAUCUUAGAUCAAGAAAGCCAAAUGACCAUGGACGAAAUUUGUGAAAGAAAUGAAGACAAAACUAUUGAUCCAGAUAUAGAAUGACCUCUUGUCACAAAUUGUUCUGUUAGGACUUGCACUGAAGGUAAUCACUUAAUACUAAAUUCACAAAAUAUUGCUAAGUUUUUUAAUAAAGAACUUAGGAGAGAACUUUUUAAUUCCUGAGCAUACGCUGGGGUUCAUUCUGAUGGCUGAUUUUAUUUUCUCGAUGUUUUAUUUUUGUUCAAGAGGAAAAAGUCUCUGGCUCGUUUCUGGCUGUCUAUCAGCGACUUUAUUAGCAACCAAACUUUAUUCUUUUAUUCCCACCAACAAUUUGAAGACAUUCACAUUUUUGGGAAAAAAUCACUAUUGUGUAACAAUAUAACUUUAAAGCUGCAAUUCCUAAUGCUUCUGAAAUCUUGCAAAGAUUGUAAAAUUAUCAUAGCCAAGAUAAGCUGUUAAUCAAAAUGUAUCUGCUUAUCCCCUUUCAAAGAAUUGAUGACGUACUUUCAUAAUUUUGACAAAUAAAUCCUAUCUCAAACAUGCAAAAUAUUAUGAAUCUAUACUUUCACAGGCUCUUGUAAAAAUUAUGAAUGCCUUGGUAAACUACUUACAAGUGUAAUAGUGAUAUCUGACAAGAACGCACGUGUUAUAUGUGCUGUCUGCGAUUCGGCCGAAGACGACACUAAGGCCUUAAUUACGUGCUCUGUGUGUACCAAAAGCUUCCACCCCCGCUGCGUUAAUGUGAAUCUACGAGGUUUCCAUAAGAAGAAGAACUGGAUAUGUAACACCGCUGUUUGCCGUGAAACCUCCGAAGAUUCCGAGGAUAUGGAAUUCAAAAGUGACAUUUUCCUGGACGCAGAUGACAAAGUAGUAGAUUAUAAACUUUUCCAUUACAUUUUGAAACAGAAAGAUGAGUUAAUCCUCGAAUUAAGAGGUGUUAUCAAAUUAAUGAAGAGUCACAUUGACCUACUACACUAUAAAAACCCUGAAAACACCGACAAGAAGGUCGGUAAGAAACCUGAUAACGAUAUCGCCAACAGCGCUGAAGGCGAACCAUCAAGAGAGACAGCAGCUAUGGUCGACACGAUUGAACACAUAAAAACGAGAAGCGACACUACAAUCAAAACAAACUCGAAAUUGCCAAAAUCGACCUUAAACAACACAAAAAAGGACGCUAAACAUCAUCAGACCCAAGAUACGUGAACGACUUCCCGGAAAUGAUCUGUGAACUACUUGAAAACAAACACGAAGAAAACCACGCCAGAUUCAAAGUAACCAUUAAUUUUGAAAACCUUGAAAAAAUUAACAAACCGGAAUAUUGGCCAAGCGGAGUUUUAAUAUCAAGAUAUUUUCACCCAAAGAAGCCACCGCAGCACCACAAAUGACCUCGAUAACAAGUGAGAGGAAACGUAGCAAAUUGUCCCAGGAACGUUUAACAACUGACAAUUGGUUGAAUAUUUUCUACAUUAACAUUCAGUCAUUGAGAUGUUAAAUUAACGCAAUAGAAUUAUUUUUUCUAGACAACCCUUUUGACAUUAUCUGUUUUAGCGAACACUGGCUGAAGAUGGAGCAAAUGGAGAUUCUAACAAUACUCAAAUAUAAGGUCGCUGGUAGUUUUUGCCGUAGCAACGGAUAUGGAGGAUGCGCGAUAUUGUUGGGAAUUUAACUCCUCCGCCAAGUACCAGUCAGGAACCAGUUUUUACGACUCCAAAAAGUAAAAUAAAAGUUGUUAGAAAAUUUAAUUAUUCUCCAUCAUCCGAACCAUACAGCGGUGGAAGUAGUGAUGAGUGGGACCCCGGAAAUGUUUCCCACAUUCAAAAAACCCUUGGUCCAAUGACUACAAAACGCCGUGUGUGGUUGACACCAAAAAAGUCGACAGCAAAAGUUCUGUUUAAAAACUGCAUAGAAAAAUUAACAGUACCUAGUCUGGCAGAAUGUUCAGAAGCUAUUGCUCACUCAAAAACUCUGCAAACCCGAACGGCGCAGCAAGUAAGGCAGUGGGUGCAACACUAUAUUAAAACCAAUUACUUCAAAUGUAGGUGAUACUGCAAAAAUUCG